AUGCAGAACCUCGUUACCUCUGUCCAGCGCCUGACACCCUCUACCAUCGAAUUCGAUCUGGUUGGCGUAGAUGCCAGUAUUGCGAACGCUAUCAGGAGAACAUUGAUUGCCGAGGUCCCCACUAUUGCCAUUGAGGAUGUCUAUGUCUGGAACAACACGUCGAUUAUGCAGGACGAAGUUCUCUGCCACCGAGUUGGCCUCAUCCCUCUCAAAGUCGACCCUCGACUUUUGCGUUAUCGCCCUUCUGCCAACUCUGCUCCCCACGAACACGACACUCUCAUCUUUGACCUCCGUGUCCGCUGUGACCGUCGCCCAGGCGUCGACCGUAGCGAAACCGACCCCAAGAAGAUCUACUAUGACUCCAACGUCUACUCUGGCAUGCUUGAAUGGACACCCUCGGGAGAACAGAAGAAGAGAUUCAAGGGCAAGGAGCCCAAGCCCGUGGAUGAGGACAUCUUGCUCGUCAAGCUUCGUCCGGGGCAAACGGUGGAUUUGCAUUGUUUCGCGACCAAGGGAGUGGGUGCGGACCAUGCCAAGUACUCGCCAGUAGCCACUGCCUCGUACAGGCUGCUGCCACAUAUAAUCCUUCGCGGUCCCAUCCCCCAGGAACAUCAGCAAAAGUUCAAGGAAUGCUUCCCGCCGGGUGUGGUGGAAAUUGAAAAGGAUGAAAGCGGGGACGACCAGUGUGUGAUCAAGAACCCGAGGAAGGAUACGGUAUCGAGAGAGGUUCUGAGACAUCCCGAGUUCCAAGAUCUGGUGCAGCUUACAAGGAUAAGAGAUCACUUUAUGUUCAAUGUCGAGUCUGUAGGUCAGUACAAUCCCGAGGAGCUUGUCCCGGAAGCGAUCAAGAUCCUUUUGGGCAAGAUCAAAGAUGUCGAGGAUGGGUUGGAUAAGCUGUUUGCCAACGAGGGAGAGACGGCGUAG